AUGUGUUGUAGUUCUUUCGAGUUUAGAAAGAGGGAAAGCAAAGAGACGAAAAGGAAAAGCAUGAGGCGAUUGGGUGGUGAUGUAUGUGGUUCAUCCCGUGGAGAAUCAUAUAAUCAAUCACAAUUUCAUGAAAGUGAUUUGAGCGAAAUACGAGAUGACAGUCAUAAAAAUAGUAAGCCAGAGUAUUAUGAUGCGCUCUCUUAUUUGAAGGAUGUUAAGGACAUGUUUUCUGACCAAGCAGAGAAGUAUAACAUGUUUCUUGAUGUUAUGACCGACUUUAAGAGAAAAAGAAUUGAUAUUGUUGGUGUCAUAGCAAAAAUAAAAGAAUUGUUUGAAGGUCAUCCUAGAUUGCUGCUUGGAUUUAAUCUUUUUUUGCCCAAUGGCUAUGAAAUAAUCCUCACGGAUGAAGACAAGAAGAAAACAGAUUUGGAACAAGCAAUCAGUUUAAUGAACAAAAUAAAGAAAUGUUUAGGAAAUGACUAUGAGUACAAAUCCUUCAUAAAUAUUCUAUCCAUGUGCAAGGAGUGUAAGAACGUCGAAGAGGUGAACCGUGAGGUUUCUGUACUUCUCAAGAAUCAUCCAGAUCUACUAGAUGAGUUCGCUAAAUUCUUGGUAGAUUCGUCUAUUGCCAAUUUGUUGUCUAACUUGGAUGACGAUAAAAUAUUGAAAAAGUGA